UGGCCCCUGGGUGGGCUGAAGCUCCCAGUCUUCAUCCCUGUCCCCCACUCUGCUGUGGGCCACAAGCGGCACGAUGAACUGCCGCUCAGAGGUGCUGGAGGUGUCGGUGGAGGGGCGGCAGGUGGAGGAGGCCAUGCUGGCUGUGCUGCACACCGUGCUCCUGCACCGUAGCACGGGCAAGUUCCACUACAAGAAGGAGGGCACCUACUCCAUCGGCACCGUGGGCACCCAGGAUGUCGACUGUGACUUCAUUGACUUCACCUAUGUGCGUGUCUCCUCCGAUGAGCUUGACCGUGCCCUGCGCAAGGUUGUCGGGGAAUUCAAGGAUGCCUUGCGCAACUCUGGUGGCGAUGGGCUGGGGCAGAUGUCCUUGGAGUUCUACCAGAAGAAAAAGUCUCGCUGGCCUUUCCCAGAUGAGUGCAUCCCAUGGGAAGUGUGGACGGUCAAGGUGCAUGUGGUAGCCCUGGCCACAGAGCAGGAGCGGCAGAUAUGCCGGGAGAAGGUGGGUGAGAAGCUAUGCGAGAAAGUCAUCAACAUCGUGGAGGUGAUGAACCGGCAUGAGUACCUGCCCAAGAUGCCCACACAAUCGGAGGUGGACAAUGUGUUUGACACAGGCUUGCGGGACGUGCAGCCCUACCUCUACAAGAUCUCUUUCCAAAUCACUGAUGCCCUGGGCACCUCAGUCACCACCACCAUGCGCAGGCUCAUCAAAGACACCCUUGCCCUCUAGGGCUCGUUGGGGCAUGGGAGCUCCUUUAUGGCUCCCAAACCUUGGCUUCUGGGAAUUACACUAUUGCGGUCCUUGGGGUGCUGGAAACCUACUCUGGAUCCUUGGGAGGGGCAACCCCGGCUUCCUUUUUGGUACUUGCCAGCCUCUCUUGUGAACUUUGGCUGACUACCAAAUCCAGCCUUACACUGUCUCUUCACACCCCAGGUUGGGGUCCCCCUUCUCCACUGUACAGAACAACCCCCACUAAGGAUGGUGAAUAAAAUUGAGAAUGUGAUUGGGUUGA